AUGGUUGGUUCUAACUCUACAUGUUCAAAUCCCAAAAGAAGGUCUCUGCCAUGGAACGGAAGAAGUAAGGGGAAAGCUGAAAAGCCGUGCUUUUGCAAGUUACAGUCUCCUGAUGCCAGACGGCGGUAUCUUCGACGGGGCUCAAAGACGUCCAAAAUGCUAUCGGCUGCCAAGCAUGAACUGGAAGAGAGUGGGCACACUUGUUCCAUCACUCCUCCCUCGAGUACCGAGUUUUCGCUACCUUCUGACUCGCAAGAGUUUGCGCUGAGCUCGCUGGGAGAAACAGCAGAGGAUUCCACCAGCUCUGUCUCUGUUGUAGUAAUCGAGAACACUACGAACGCAUGGAAAAAUGCAACUCCCACAGAUCGGAAGCGACAUUCUAUGUCUCUGCUGACAUCCGCAUUGUCCAUCGUGUCUUUUGCAGAGGUCGAGUCGGAUUUUGGAGAAUAA